AUGAAUUCGUUACAAGCAACUACUAUACUGCUAGUGGCGUCGGUGGCAGCAAUGGCAGCAGAAGUGGCAACAGCCACUGGACAGCUUGAUCAGAUGUCAAUUCAACGAUCAAAUUGGUUACAUGAUUGCGGUGCAGUCAAGUGGUCACAUUGUAUGGCUGAAAAUAUAGCCAGGACCUUUAGGAUGUUGGAACAAUCAAACCGUUUGCAAAUAGCCGACGGCGUGCGUCUGGUCAAAACCACCACAACGACCGACAGAUCGUCCAAGUACGGGAAUCAUACUUUAGACAUAAUCAACAGAAUGGUUUCAUUCAUCAAUAGUCAUUCAUUACAAAUUGAUCUAUGGACACCUAAUAAUAAUGCCACCGCCGAAGGGCGUAGACGUCAUGCUUACCGGAAGGUGUUUCCGAUAAUUGUAGGCACGUACAUGAUCAUGUCGGCCAUUCUAAUUCCAAUGGGCUUCAUGUUCAUGUCUACGCUGGGUGGCAAAGCACUAUUAGUCAGCAAAAUGGCACUCAUAGUGUCGUUGAUGAGCAACAUCAAAAAGAUAUUCUCGUACGAAUACUAUGUGCCACCGGCACCUCCAGCCGGUCAUCACCAUUGGAAGCGGACGCUGCUGGCGCAUCGCACCACCGCCGGUCCACUAUACUCGUCAUACACCGCGUACUGAAAUCUCGACAACACCACAAACACGCACAAUCAGAUUUAGAGUAGCCCUUAGCAGAAUAGGCCCAACUGAAAUUCGAUCCUCUGAAUUUUCUGAAUUUAUAAUAAUAUAUAAGUUAUUUAUGACGUGAAACGAGUUUGCGUACGAUUUACAUACUACCUAUUUUAUAUUAGCUAUGGAUAAGUGAUACGUAAAAUAUUUUUUGUGUUAUAUACUUAUUUAUUUUAUUUAUUGUCGAUAUAUUAUAAAGUAAACGGAUCUUAUAUUGUAAUGU